UUACGAAUCGUUAUAUGUUAUAAAUACCAGUUUCGUUUUAAAUGAUUAUAACAGAAUCUUUUAAUCUGUGGGAUAAUGUAUUAAUCAUCAUUUUAUGUUUCUAUUAUGUAAUGCCAGUGACCAGUGACAGGGCGACGCGGACAAAAAUAGUAGCUUUUGACAUAAACAUAAUAAACGGAAGAUCAACAAAAUCUCAUACAAAUAAUCAAGAGGAUCAUUUCUUAGCAAUUGCACCUGCUUUGCCUAUUUUACCUGGAGCACCUGUACCUCCAAAAUUAUCUAAACGUUGUUAUAAUUCAUUUAGCCUAGCAGAUUCUCCAUUUAAUAUAGAACAUGACAAAGUUGAAGGUUCCAAUGCAGUUACAUUACAAUGGACAAGUGAAGGAAAUAAUAUUGUGGCAACAAGAAUUGCUGCCGAGAAAGAAAAGAGCCCCGAUAGGAUAUGUCUUGAUAGACGAGGUCUCACUACAUUCCCAAAUAUAGUUGGAGAGCCACGUUUACGUUUACUAUCUCUCCAACAUAAUCUUCUAACAAAGAUUGAGAAUUCCAACUUCUCUCAAUUGACAAAAUUAGUAUUUCUUGACCUGUACGAUAAUCAAAUUGAAAGGAUUUGUAAUUUUGAAUUAUUAGAAAAUUUAAGAGUGUUAUUGAUUGGAAAAAACAGAAUUAAAAAAAUUGAAGGUCUGAAGUCCCUAUCUAAGUUAGAAGUUCUAGAUCUUCAUGGCAAUCAAAUUGUACAAAUUUCAGAUUUAAAUAAUCUAGUAUCUCUAAAAGUUUUGAAUAUAGCUGGAAAUAAUAUCAAAGUAAUAGGCUACAAUGACUUCCAAGGUUUAAUAUCACUAAAAGAGUUAAACCUGAGACGUAAUAAGAUAAAAAAAUUAUUAGGUUUUAAUGAAACUCCACAACUGCAAAAAUUAUAUUUAAGUAAUAAUGAUAUUCAUAAAAUUGAAGAUAUAGGCAGUCUUGCAAAAGCAUUACAACUUAGAGAAAUAGCAAUUGAUGGAAAUCCUGUAACAUUAACUGGAGACUAUGUUUCAUUUCUUGUAUCAUAUUUACCACAUUUACAGCGUUUAUCUACUAUGCCAAUUACUGAACAAAUUCGAAGAGCUGCUACAGCCUGGAGGACAACAAAAGAACAAAGUAAUUCCACUUUUUUAAAUCUUAGCACACAUGUUUGUAUGAAUAUUCGGCGGGAAGAAAUAAUAUCAAAUGCUAAAAUAAAUUGGGAAUUUCUUAGAUGUCAUACUAAAUCCUCCACAGAUAAAAGUAACAAUGAAAACAACGUUCGAUUCAAUAACGUUAAUGUAUUACAAAUUCAGAAAUCUAACAAAUUUAAUAUAUUAAGACCUCAAAACUUAGAAAAAGUAAAAGCAAAAGAUUUUGGGAGCUUGACAUCUAUAAAUGAAAAUAUAGAAGCAACGAAAAUAAACAUUAAAAAAAGAAGUAAUUCUAGUAAUAAUUUAUUUCGAUUAAAAGAUACAACUAAAGCGUAUCCGUUAGAAUUUAAACUGCCACCUAUUUUAGGUUCAAUUGUAGAUAACUUAUUAAAUAGUAAAUUCGAUGAAAAAAUAGUUAUAAGUAACGAAGGUCUAACAAAAGGAAGAACUGGAAAUGAUACUAACAGCAGAUCGAGCAGCGAUUCAGAAAUUAUAGAAAGCCAUGAAAAUUUAAAGAGCUGUUUAAAACCUCAUAUACAAAGCUCUAGCAAUCAUGUUUCUCAAGAUGAUAGUGAUAAAUUCCUUGCUAAUAAGAUUGAUUUCAUGAAUGUUUUGUCAUCUGCAUCAGAAGCUGCUGCUGAUGUCAAUGAAAGUAAGAGUUGUACACUCUUUAAAUCUUCUGAAUUAUCAAUAAACGAGAAACAGGUUUUAAGAUUUCACAAUGAACAUAUCAUGAGUGAUUGUCAAUCAAAAUCUAGUAUUGGUUCCUCUGGAUAUUGUUCUUUAAGUUCUAAAACUAAUAGUAUGGAUAGUUGUAAGUCAAUAUUAAGUGAUUCUAGUACAUUGUCUGUUGCUAAAACUGUAUUGCAAAAGUCUAAGACUUUAGAGAAAGAUAAGAAUAGAGUCAAGAGUGCUCAAUUAAAGAAAGUAGUAUAUUAUAAAAGUAAUCGAGCAGCAACUGCUAGAGCUAAAUAUAGAGCAAUAUCACCACCAAAUCCAACUCCUGUACAAAAUCCAUCAAAAGAAAGAGAACAAGGAGGAGAUUAUUUGAUAGAAAUAGUUGGUCGAUGUUUGAAUAUUUAUGGUCAAGGUGCGUUACGUUUUAUUGACCGACCAUGGGAUCCUUCAAAAGCUGAAGAUGUUAAUGUUAUUAAAUUUAAUUAUGUACAAUUUAACGAUGUGGCCAAAGUUUUGUGUAAAGUAAAAAAUAGAUUUCCGAACAUAGAACAUUUUAUGUUUAAAGAAACUAAUAUCACAUACCUUGGACAGCUUAAUGCUUUAGCUGAAGCACAAGGAUUAACAAGUAUUCAUUUAGAAACAGGAAAUCCAAUUAUAUCAAAAGAUUGGAAAGUUUAUGCUAUAUUUCGUUUGGCCCACUGGGGACUCAAAGUUAUUAAUGGAAAAGAAAUUACAAAUGAAGCGAUUGAUUUUGCAAACAAAGAAUACGCUGGUCUUGUUGAUAUUGUGAUGUGUUCACUGCCCGAAUCUUUAUUACAACCUUUAUUACAAAGACUUCAUUUAGAAAAAAUUCAAAAGCAAAAUGGAGAACAAAUUACUGCCAAACAGUUUUUACUUAACAGCGAUCCAGCCCUUAGAAGUGUUGUUGCUAAAGAGGCAUUACAGUGGAGAAAAGGAAAUAUAACACAGGAAGAUCUUAUUUGGAGGCACAAAGGAAAAAUACAUCUAUUAAAUUUAAUAAAUCUUACUGUGGAUGCAAUACAAAAAUUACAGUUACUUGAUAAUAUAUGGCCAAGUAUUUUAUAUGAAAUUAUUCACACUACUUUAUCUGAUUUUUCUGAUAUAGAUACGUAUAUGAAACGUUGUUGCAAAACACUUGAAGGUGAUAAAUAAUUAGUUCACAUUAGUUUAUACACUAAUUGAUAAUAUAUAAGUAUUUAGUUUGAAUGAAUUCGCAUAUACGUUCAUAUGUAUUUUGUUAAUGUUUAAUUAUAAAAUACGAUCUAUACAUCUGUUGUUUGUUUAAUAUUUUAUGCCGUUGAAAGGUUCUUUUGCGUCUUAUACUUAAUACUUUUAUUCUAUAAGUUUAAACAAACCAUAAGAAUUAAUCCUAUUUACAAUAAUAAUGAAAUGCAAUCACGUAAAAAAGAAAAAAAAAAA